AUAAAUGAGCAACACUUACAAGAAAAGUCCAUAUUUUGGUUAGGUCAAGAUGAGUCGGCGACUAUGGAUAACCCUGUUCUCGGUCUUCUGUAUAACUUUACGUGGGGAAGUGACCGCUUCUGACACAAAAUCGGAAGCAACUUCCAUUUGGAAAUCCAGCAAUUUCGAAGCACAAAUAAACCAGAUCCUCGAACUCACCACCGCCGACAAAGCAACUCAACUCAAGGAUCGAAUCACAAAACUUCUUCAAGCUAGCUGUAAUCCGUGCUCGACCGCCGGAGGUCCUGCGCUAGAGCAAGGCUAUGUGACCACGGAGAAUGCCGUUAUUCCGGUUUUCUACGAACAGACCCGUUACGGUGGAGGCUGGAUCGUUCUCAUGCAACGCUACGAUGGAUCGGUGAACUUCAAUCGGACCUGGGCCGAGUAUCGCGAUGGGUUCGGGAUGGUGGGACACGAAUUUUGGAUGGGUCUGGAGCGGAUGCAUCAGCUGACGGAGGGAAAGUCGUACGAGUUGGUGGUUGAAAUGCAGGACUUUCAGGAUAACUACAAGUAUGCGGCAUAUGAUAAGUUUGCGGUUGGGCCUGAGGAGGAGAGAUAUCCGUUGGACUUGGGGAAGUUCAAUGGAACAACGAAGGGAGAUUCACUGACACCUCACAAGGGAUCGGGAUUUUCUACGUAUGAUAAUGAUGACUUUGGUUGUUCGAACAAGUACGCCGAAGGGGGAUGGUGGUACUACAAAGGAAAAUGUUACGGAUCGAGCCUUACUGGUAUAUGGAAAAAUGAAUUUGCGUAUUCAUCAAUAUGUUGGAUGAAGUUUUCAGCCAAAUCCAGUACACCAUUGAAGUUUGUGAGGAUGAUGAUUCGACCGAUACAGUAAAACGGAAGUAAUUUGAUUAAUAAAUAUAACAAUCAACGCAGUUAGACAAAUUGAGAUUAUGUAUGUGUGUAUGGUUGUGUGUGUAUGUAUGUCUGUGUACAAAAAAGAUCACUCACUUUUAAGGCACUUUUAGCACGAUUCGAACCGAAAUUUUACCGCAUUGUUUGCCAUUAAAAAUGAUCCAGAUCGGUCAAGGCGUUCCGGAGUUAUGACCAUUUCAGUGAUCCGGACCAGCACCGGUAGAACUGGCCGUAUAUAAAACUGAACUUAAACUACAUAAUGUGACGACACAUCAAACUGAACCGUUAUUGUAAUGGUUGACGAAUUUUGUGUGGAAAUCUGGAGAUCAAAAAUUCCACACCGUCAGCUCAAAUUCAAAAUAGCGGUCUGGAAUCAAAAAAGGUGGAUUUAACUUCAAGAUGACGGUUGUUUAGUAAAAUUUUACACUCUAAAGUCAUGCAAUAUUGGUAUAUUCUGUAUAGAGAAGGUGUCUGUAGUAGAAAAUUUUGACUAGAAUAGCUGUCGUACAAAUUGUCGAACAAAAUUUAAUAUGGCGGCUGUU